UUUGUUCUGUGCUCUUGCUGUACAGCUUCGAUCGAUUCCUCUGAAAGAAAAAACGAGCUUUUUGAAAGAUCGAUCUCGGAUUCCUGCUGCUCGCGGCCAGCCGGCGAUCGAUCGUCAUGGACGGCCGGGACGACUUCUUCAGCGACUUCAUGGUGCUGCGGCCGGACAAGGGCGGCUUCCGCAGCCUGCUCCACUUGCUGUGCUCCUGCAAGGUCGCCGACAACGACGCCGUCGACUGCCCCGUCGGCACCGAGGUCGCCGAGCGGUGGCGGCGGUGGGCCAUCUUCGUCUCCCUCGCCGCGCAGAUGCUGCUGCUGUCGAUCAAGAGGCCCAUGGCCGCGCUCGGGAGGGCCAUCGAGUACUGGAUGAACCUGCUCACCGACAAUGGCGGCGGCGUCCUCGGGCUUGUCAGGAAUGCUAUGCAAGGUAAAGUACGGACUCCGGACAGGAAAUCUACAAAUUACCGGUCGUUCAUCGGACUAAUUGACACGAGGGUUGACCUGGACAAGAAGAUCAGGCCAGGAGACAGCAACUACCACGCAGCUCUUGGAAUCAUGGCGUCGAAGAUAGCCUACGAGAACGAGCUCGUCAUCAAAACCGUUGUGGAAAACCGCUGGCAGAUGACGUUCUUGGAGUUCUUCAACUGUUGGAACGAAUUCAGCGGCGACUACACCACCCAGGCCUUCAUGCUGGCCGACAAGCCGGCGGACGCGGAGCUCGCCGUGGUGGCGUUCCGCGGCACGCAGCCGUUCGACGCGGAGCAGUGGUGCACGGACGUGGACUUCUCGUGGUACGAGAUCCCCGGCGUGGGCAAGGUCCACGGCGGCUUCAUGAAGGCGCUGGGCCUGCAGAAGAACACCGGGUGGCCGGCGGAGCCCACCGAGCCGGCGGCGCCCGCGGCCGGCGCCGAGGAGCGGCGGUACGCGUACUACGCCAUCCGCGAGAGGCUCCGCGCGUUCCUGACGGCGAACCCGCGCGCCCGGUUCGUGGUGACGGGGCACAGCCUCGGCGGCGCGCUCGCCGUGCUGUUCCCGACCGUGCUGGCGCUGCACGGGGAGGAGGCGCUGCUGGGUCGGCUGGCGGGGGUGUACACGUACGGGCAGCCCCGCGUCGGGGACGCGGCGCUGGGGCGGUUCGUGGCGCCGCGCCUGGACCGGCCGCGGCGGCGCUACUUCCGGUUCGUCUAUUGCAACGACGUCGUGCCGCGGGUGCCCUACGACGACGCGGCGCUGCUGUUCCGGCACUUCGGCCUCUGCCUCUACUUCGACAGCCUCUACCGGCCGGCUGCGGUGGCGGAGGAGCCGAACAAGAACUUCUUCUCGCCGCUGUUCGUGGUGCCCAAGUACGCGAACGCGGCGUGGGAGCUGGUCCGGGGCCUCCUCAUCGGGCACGUCGCCGGCGGCGAGUACGCGGAGGGGUGGGUGAUGCGGGCCGCCAGGGCGCUCGGGCUCGUCAUCCCCGGCCUGCCGCCGCACGCGCCGCAGGACUACGUCAACGCCACGAGGCUCCGCGCCGCCGCGCUCCAGCUGCUGCUCGGCGACCAAUAGCCCCUGCGCUGGCCGUGAUUAGCUAGCGCUUGUAAAAAAAUUCAUGGAAAAUAUUGGAACAGGAGUAAUGACUUGUAUGCAACAUUAUUGUAAUUAGUCUGACA